CUUUUGGGAAAGGGGGAAAGGUAGGGACUUAUUGUGUCGUUCAUGUUUCCGUGAAAAGAUGUCCAGCCCACUUCUACUUUAGGAAGAGUGGCUAGUGAGAAAGCUAUAGCCAAAAAAUUGAACUCUGAUGAUGAAGACUUUGUUGAUUAUCGUAAGUACCCUUCAUUCAGAAACCAUACAUGUUUUUCCAUUUUGUAAUCUCUGUUUGCUCAAGGAGGUGAUCAAACUAUUGUUUGGAAUCGCUAGUUUUCAAAUGUGGUUUUGGGGGAUCCUGAGAUUUCUCCAAAGCUUAUUGGGAGUUCUUCAGUUAGAGAAUCAGUAAUGCCAAAUGAGCUUUCCCAAAAGAUUGCUUGCUUGCUUUGUUUGCUUGCUACGAUGUUCAAUGGUAGAAGAGCUUGGGGUGUGUGCCAUUAUCCGAAGAUUAUUAUCCUCCACGUAUAAAGCCAGAUUCUAGUCCUUACCUAUGGUUUUUAAUUUCACUAACAUUAAGAUAUGCAUUAUGCUCAUAGUUAGAAGUCUUGGAAUAUAUUCACUAAUGUUAGUGGGUUUGCCUUACCGCCAUUGGUUGCGCUCUCAGUAAACUCAUUGCUGAGUGUGUAAUGACAUUAAUGUCGGCAGACAUUCUGCUGACAGGGGAAGGGCCAUCUCAGUAGUACAGUGGUACCUCGGGUUAAGAACUUAAUUUGUUCUGGAGGUCUGUUCUUAACCUGAAGCACCAUUUUAGCUAAUGGGGCCUCCUGCUGCUGCCGCACUGCCGGAGCACGAUUUCUGUUCUCAUUCUGAAGCAAAGUUCUUAACCCGAGGUACUAUUUCUGGGUUAGCAAAGUCUGUAACCUGAAGCGUAUGCAACCCGAGGUACCACUGUAGAGCAUCUGUUUUGCAUGCAGAGGGUCCCAGGUUCAGUGCCCUGUAUCUCCAAGUAGGACUGGGAGAAACCCUUGUCUGAAAUGCUGGAGAGCGGCUGCCAGUCACAGUUGACAAUGCUGAACUAGGUGGACUAAUGAUUUGGCUCAGUAUAAGGCAGCUACCUAUGUUCCUAUGAUUUUUAAGGCAGGUGGAAUGCAGCUGGAGAAAAUGAUGCGUGCUCUGUGGCUCCUCCCUCUUGUCCUCCUGGGUUAUCUUAAAAAGAUUUGUACCAAAAUAAAUGCUGCAAUCCUUAUAUGAAUAUUUGGUGGCUAUAAUUGCCUUGGAUGCCUUAGCAGAAAGGCACCCUAUAAAUGCAAUCAAUCAAUCAAUCAAUCAAUCAAUCAAUAAAACAGCACAAACAUUUCACCCCAAAUGUUCUUUUCAAAGGAUCAAGCUGUAAAUUGUAAAAGGUGAAUUCUAUAUACGGUAUGUGUGCGCGCGUGCAGUAUGACAACAUUGGGUUCUUGCUAUAUCAAGCUAUAUCAUGGAUCAUUAACUUUUUCUGGUCUCAGGGCAACAUUUGGAAAUCUAAGAAACUUUUCUGGGCACCACAAAGCAUCCAUUUCACAGUUGAUUUUUAUUUAUUUGUUUAAAUGUUUAUAUGCCGCCUGUUAAGUGGGCAGCUCAAGGUGGUGUACAACAAAACAAAACAAAACAAAACAAAACAAAAGACUAUACAAGCAACCAAAAUACAAUUAAAAUACAACCAGGCUGUUGGAAAAAUCAAUAAAACUAUACAGCUGGUUAAAUUAGAUCUUUGCGGGUCCAGAGUUUCUGAGGAAGCAGGCAAGAUGACAAAAAUAUUUUUUUGCAUGUAACUCCUUCCCAAGCAAUAGGCAAAACACCAGUGGGUGACAUAGGACAUGGGUACCAUGUUGGGAAUGUGCACAGGUGUCAGUGUAACUUGUACAGAGCGUCAUCUUACAUGUUUUGAAGACAGAGCAUCAUAAUAUUUGAAUAGGACAAAAGCAUACUUUGGUUAAACUCAUGCACAAAGUGCCCCUAUCCCCCCCCCCCCAAAAAAUCCCUUUGUUUUCCUGUGUAAUUCCAUUUCUUAGGAAAACAUCAGAAAAGCUGUUUUGAUUUUUAGGAAUUGCUUUCUAAUUUCAAGAGGGCAACAAAGGGCUAGCUACAGGUUGUGAAUCUGCAAUUUCAAGUUUAUCCGUUCUACCUCAGGAGGGGUUUUUUUCAUUAGCAUAUUACAUGCCCUUUGGUUAACAUUCUGCACAAGUUAUUCCUUGGUCCUUUUAAACCUAGAAAUCACGUUGAAAGCACAAUUGGCAGCCAAGGCAUCAGUGCUAGCUUCUUUUAAUGGAGUGCAUCAUUUCCAGGGACCUUUUCACCAGAUCCAGAAGUAUACCGUAUUUUUCGUCCUAUAGGGCGCACCGGCCCAUAGGACGCACCUCGUUUUUUGGGGGGGGAAAUGAAUAAAAAAUAUAUAUAUUCCCCCCCCCCAGCCGCGGCUGCAGCCCCAAGCCUUGUGCACACCUGCCCGAAGCAUGGGGAGCCCUCCGGAGGGCACCCCAUGCUUCGGGCUGCAGGCUGCCGCCCCAAGCCUCGCACGCCCGGCAGGACCUCCCGCCAGGCGCGCGAGGCUUGCGGACACCCGCCCGAAGCAGGGGGCACCCUCCGGAGGGCGCCCCGUGCUUCGGGCUGCAGGCUGCUGCCCGCAAGCCUUGUGAGCCCGCGGGAACUCCCGCCGGGCUUGCAAGGCUUGUGGAUAGCUUCCUGAAGCCUGGGGAGCUAGAGGCAUCGGUGUGCACCGACCCCUCUCACUCUCCAGGCUUCAGCAAAAGCCUGCAUUCGCCCCAUAGGACGCACACACAUUUCCCCUUCAUUUUUGGAGGGGGAAAAGUGCAUCCUAUGGGGCGAAAAAUACGGUACCUUUCUUUUCUAUGUUAAAAAAAACACUGCUGUGGAUUUAUUUUAAGGGUUCUAUGGGUGACUUAUAUUAGGACCGUACCAUAAACGAAAUUAGCAUCAAGAGAGAACUUUGAUACUGGAACAAUAAAAGAAGCAAGCUAAAGUGCUAUGCUAGCCUGAGGGUAUAUUCACAUUUCUGCCUUAGAGCACAAAGAUGUUGUCCCCACCCCUGGUGCAUUUCACAGUUCUUUCCCCUCUAGCAGUUCACAUCAGCACAGCUUCAUUAGUGUAAGAUUUAUUUCUGUUUGUGUACACACCAGGGGGCAUUGACAGGGCAGGUAUGUCUUUACCCAGUGUAAAGAUGCUCACACCUUGGCUAGGGAUGAAUUAGGAAUGGCUUAAGAACUCCAACUGGUGUGAAGCUGGUUCGAGAAACAACACAUCAGACAGUAGCAUUUUAUAAGGAAGUACAUAUGCAUUUGGGGUAAAGUCACUGAAGGACAGCUUUUUUAAAAACCCAUCACUGGAAACUCAGCUAGUAAACAGGAGUGUAAACACAGUCAAAUAUGGUAUAGAAUAAUUCUGUAAUCUCUGGCCCCAGACCAGCUAUAGCACCACACAACCAACCUCUUGCAGCAACGUAUAAUCCCAGAUGGGAAUACACAUUCCAAUCUGUAUGCAGUAUGCAUCCACAACAGUGGGCACAUAAGAGCAUUGCAAUGAGGGUGUUCCUCCAGAUAUAUGCUUGCAUGCGGAGAUCACCUUAUCUGUAUCUCUUGUAUUGUCCAGCAGGGGGAAGCGCCUUUCUCUCUAGGGAAGAUGCCCACAUAGCAUGUUACAGUGGUACCUCGGGUUACAUACGCUUCAGGUUACAGACUCCGCUAACCCAGAAAUAGUGCUUCAGGUUAAGAACUUUGCUUCAGGAUGAGAACAGAAAUUGUUCUCUGGUGGCGCAGCAACAGUAGGAGGCCCCAUUAGCUAAAGUGGUGCUUCAGGUUAAGAACAGUUUCAGGUUAAGUACGGACCUCCGGAACGAAUUAAGUACUUAACCUGAGGUAGCACUGUAUUUCAAUCUGAGUCGAGACUCCAGGGACAGCUUUUUGGAAUGUGGAGUAUUUAGUACUGAUUUCUGAUUGCUGUCCAAUAUCUGAUUGUCCACCUACACGUAUUUGAGCAGGGAUGGCGGGGGGUGGAGUUUAAAUGUGAACAUACCUAUCUGGUUUACACUUCUAGCACAAUAUGCAGAUUUGAAAUAAAGCAAUCUUUUGAAAUUCGCACUUCUCCAAAUUUUGCAAUAUAGUUUUCCAGCCAAGUAAUAUAUACAAAAAUGCAUAGACUAGGUUAACAUGUGCAUACAUGUACGUGAAAAUAACAUUAAAAUGCAUUAAUUCAGGUAAAAUUGAUUUGCAUAAAUAUGCACAUUAGGUAAAGCUGCAUAUACAAAUGUGUAUAUUAGGAGAAAUGUGCACUUAAAUGCUGAUUAAUUGUCAUGAGGACUUUUUUUUUUUUUUAACCAAGCUGAUAUGGAAAUGUGGAGAACUGAACUAAAGACUGAAAAAUUAGAAACUGACAGACUAGCUCAAUGUUAUAUAUGAGUUGUUUUGGAAGUUAGGUUCCUUGAAUAUGUAUUUUUUUCUCCAAGGUUUUGGUGUUUAGUCAGAGUUGGUUUGUGUUUUGCCAAAAAAGCAUGUGUUCAAACAAUUCAGAAAUGAGAGGGAGAGAAAUACAACUCUGGAGACAGCUGGAAUUUUUGGAAAGUGUUAAAAGAGAGCAUCAUUUGCGAUGGUGUGCCCACCAAUGUGUUUUCUGCUGCAGUUAUCUCUGGCCAAAUGGUUUUUGCAGCAUGAUAGUGAGACUGGAGAGAAAGAGACUGCUCACACUAGAGGAAAUUAUGGCUCUAUCAGACAGAGAAGAAAAAAUGGUCCCCAAAGCCCUUUUCCCAAUCCACAAACAAUUGGUGGUGGUGGGGAGAUAUGGGACCCCUUGAAAUCCACAAGCCACACUUGUUGACUCUUUGCAAAUUUAGUCAAAUCCUGGUCUCCUCUAAUUUCUAAAAACAGUAGCUAAGAGAGCCAUCUGGUUGUGAGGCUGUGUACUUAAAGGAGACAACCCCAGGACACAAAUUUGCAUAAAGUGUACAUAUUUAUAUAUAUAAAUUAUAUGUAUAAAUUCCUCUAGGAAAUUAAGAUGGGAGGUAGCUGGGUUCUUAUCAGGACUAUGCUUUGCAGUUUCCUAAGUCACUCUUUUUAUUUUUAUUUUAAAAAGCGGGUGGAAGAAAGAACAGGAGAUCCAGGUCUUGCCCCUUGAGCAACCCCCCCCCAACAAUGCCCCUGGUCAGACCUGGUCAAACACAGGUCAGAAAAGCAGAAGUUAAAGCAUUUUGGCUUAAGUGGGAGUGUCUAGUGUUUCAUCACAUUGUUGUGGCCCUUAAAUUUCCUUAAUAUAAAUUUAUCUUUAAAAUUAGCCUAAUUAGUUACAGGGUUAUGCUAUGCUUCAGAUUUUUCUCUACCCUGGUCAUGCCCAAAUGAAGAGUCUAGUGGACCAUUAAUCAUUGGAAUCCUGUUCCUUCUGCACUUCCAGGACACAAAACCAAAAUGCAUUAUUCAUUUUUAGUCAGUCGAUAGACUUAAGCCACCACCUGCCCACAGAAGAACAAAUAAACCCCAAUAGCUGUGUUUAAAUCCAACUUUCCCUUUGCACCAUUGCAAAAUUGGACAUUUGCAAAACAAAUGAAUGAGAAAUCUCUGCUGAGUCAACAAAUGAAUUCAGAUAAGAAGCAAUAUAGCAUUGGAUUGCUUUUGUACUAGCAGACAUUGAUUGGCUGGUUCCUGGAUGCAUAGCCACAGGCUGUUGUAUGUUGGCUACAAAAUGAAGCUCUCUCAUAUUUACUGGAAAUGCUAAAAACAAAGGAAGACAGUGCAAGCCCUGUCAACAGACUAGCCCCUGAGGGCUGUAUGCAUUCAUAUUUAUAUAAUUCUGAUCAGCUUAAGGGAGCUAUUCACAAGCUAACCACAUAGUUAGUGUAUGAUCUAUAGUUGCACAAUCUCUUUUCAUGCAACAUUUUUGUUCUCACAAUAGCCCAUGUUAAAUUGUACCUUAGUUAAGAAGGUAGGAAAUGUGACCAGGGAGGAAACCUGAUAGUUACCAUGCCUCCAGAGAGAUUGUUCUUCUUCUUGUGAAGUCGUCCAACAAAACUAAAGAGUGGGAGAUUUGAGGCAGACAAAAGGAAGGACUUCAUGCAGUGCAUUGUUUAAAGUAUAGCAGUCACUACCGCAGGGGCAUAGUAGGGGGCGCUGCCAGGGCAAUGGCUCUGGGCACAUUUUCCUGCUGCUCAUUCUGCCCUGCCAGACCUUGAGAAGCUUUGCGAGGCUGCGAUCAUAUCAGCCUUGCAAAGCGGCUUGAGGCUGAUGUCACUCCAGUGGCAUUGGUGGUAAUGGCUGGGCUGGCGCAGCAGACUCCAUUCAUCCUCUGGCUCCUGGUGUGCGAAUGCGUGCCCUGAGCACCAGCAAACCACGCUGUGCCACUGCACUACCACAAUAAGGUGAUGGCCACUAGCACAGUCAGCUUUAAAAGGGGUUAGAUAAAUUCAUGGAGAACCAGCCUGCUAAUAACUACUGAACAUAUUGACUAGAUACUGCUUCCAGGAUCAGAGGCAUCCAUGCCCCAGAACACAAGUUCCUGGGGAAAUGACAGUGGGAAAGGACUCUUACCUUCAUGUCCUGUCUCAGGGUGUCCCCAGAGGCAUUGAGUUGGUUACUGUGGGCAUCAGUUGCUCGACUAGAUAGAUCUUUGGUCUGAUCCAGCAGGACUCUUCUUAUAUCAAUGAACAUAUGAAGCCAUAUGUCUAUGAAACAGGAAAGGGGAUGCUCAGAUGCAGGGGCCAAAUGUGGACCUUCUGUCUGGCCCGCUGGACUGAAUGCUUUAGCUGAGAUUCAUGCAUUGUAGCGGACUGGACUAGAAGACCCUUGGGGUCCCUUCCAACUCUACAGUUCUAUGAUAAUAAUAAUCAUCAUCAUCAUCAUCAUCAUCAUUUAUCAUUUAUACCCCGUCCAUCUGACUGGGCUUCCCCAGCCACUCUGGGCGGCUUCCAACAAAAUAUUAAAAUACCAUAAUGCAUCAAACAUUAAAAGCUUCCCUAAACAGGGCUGCCUUCAGAUGUCUUCUAAAAGUCUGGUAGUUGACGUCUGGUGGGAGGGCGUUUCACAGGGCGGGCGCCACUACCGAGAAGGCCUUCUGCCUGGUUCCCUGUAACUUGACUUCUCACAGUGAAGGAACCGCCAGAAGGCCCUCAGAGCUGGACCUCAGUGUCCGGGCUGGAUGAUGGGGGUGGAGACGUUCCUUCAGAUAUAAUGGAUCGAAUCCAUUUAGGGCUUUAAAGGUCAGCACCAACACUUUGAAUUGUGCUCGGAAACGUACUGGGAGCCAGUGUAGGUCUUUCAAGACCGGUGUUAUGUGGUCUCGGCGGCCGCUCCCAGUCACCAGUCUAGCUGCCGAAUUCUGGAUUAGUUGUAGUUUCCGGGUCACCUUCAAAGGUAGCCCCACGUAGAGCGCAUUGCAGUAGUCCAAGCGGGAGAUAACCAGAGCAUGCACCACUCUGGCGAGGCAGUCUGUGGGCAGAUAGGGUCUCAGCCUGCGGUGCAGAUGGAGCUGGUAAACAGCUGCUCUGGACACAUUCUAUAACUUCAUCAGGCCACGCUGUUCACUGACAUUGCCUUGUACCCUCCUUGGGCAUUUUUGCUUGCUUGGAAUGUAUCAUUGGAUGCUGCUGCUACUGCUGCUUUUUGUCUGGGUGGAGUAUAUAGAGGGGUGUGUGAGUGUGAGUGUCAAGAAACUAGCCGCCUGUAAAAAUCACAUUUAUUGCUUUGCUCACUCUUACCUCUGGCCCCACCCACCAGAACAAAAUGUGGCCCUGUGGCUGAAAAAUGUCCCUCACCCUCGGGUUUGAAUUGUACCUUGAAUUGCAUCACAGAAAAAACAGUAAGGCUAUUUUAAAGCUGGUGAGAGAUGUUAGGGUUGACUUGUGUCAGUCGGCAGCAUACCUGUUGCGUUUUGAACCAAUUGAAAUUUCUUCGUAAUCCUGUUGUACAACACAUUUCAGUAGUGUAAGCCGGAUAGCAUUAACCAAGAUAUCUCUGUCCGGGAUGGGUGGGUGGUGUCACACCCAGCACAUGAGUGAAAAAAAGUGGAAAGGUACUUUAGAUUACAAUCUGUGUGAGAAACAAGAGUUAGUCUCAGUGUGGGUUUUCCCCCAAAAAAAAGGGUGGCUAAAAAAUGCAUGCCCUCCCAUCUCAAAAAAAGAAGUAAGUUUUAAAAAAGGAAGCAGAGAAAAGUUUGAACUCUUUUGCUUGUGAUGGACACAUUUUAAAAAGACAGUUCAGUUCAGAACAGUUUCUUGCACUUCGCCCGAAAGGUAGGACAGAAGUCUGCCCGCUGGAUGUGCUCUGCAGUGGGGGAAUAAGCCUGGCUCCCCCACCCCACCCAUCCCUGCUUGGAAAGGGAAGUGAAACAAUCAGAUGUUUGUUGAGUGCUACAAAAAGUCUGGGAGGUUUUGCAAUACCCUGAUCGCUUUGCUCACUCCCCACACACAUUUUUGAGCACUCAGCAUCUUUGCCCAUCCCUAAUCUGUGGUGUAAUAGCAGUGUUGGUGUCUACACAGUAUCAGAACUGGCCUGUUAUCCUGUGUUUUAUUUCUCAGUAAACCUUUUCAUGGGAUGGUGCUUCUGGAGCCCUUACAGAUACAGACAGUGUGAAAGAUUUUUAGCAAAUAACUGUUCAGAGUCUCUCUUGAUAUCUAGAGUUUCUGUAAGUGAGAAGGAAGGAGUCGCACCCUCCUUCCUUGCGUUAAGCUGUAUUUAGUAUGACCAAGAUCUGAACCUUUGCACCUUCUUUUUUAACAGAGGCUUCUCACCUCACGAUGAGAAGUCUCUACGAAAAUGAUGAACGUGUAAACGCACAAACAAUAGAACUAUAACUUGUUUGGUUUUACAAGAUAGGAAGCAAAGAACAUCUAGAAGGCACCCCCCCAGUAUUAUUUAUUUAACUGUGGCAGAUUCUAAUUGUGAUGGGAAUUUUUUCCCCAGUGACAAGAUACCAGGAAAUUGUCAAUCCUUAUAUUGUUGGACAAAAGCCAAACAUAUUAUUACCAAAUUGCAAUUGAAAUGAAAGGCAAAAAGCAGGUUAAUAUUCUGCUGUUCUCUUAGGCAGCCCAUGGCAAAGUAAGUGAUAAGCAGAGGGAAAGAAAACCAAACACAUUGGACAGCUUCCUGUGGUCCAAUGUUACAUUCCUCCAAGGUCUGUUAAGGCCACUACUGAAGGGGGGGAAUGGAACAGCUGGAAUGGAGAACAAAGCAGUCAGCGGCACCCCGUGAAGGGAGGAAGGAGUGAGCGCUACAAAACAGCUGAUAGGGCUAAAUUCAGCUUGUUUUUCCCCCUGUUCAACAGUUCUUGUGCCAUGGCAAAUAAAGGAUGGACACACAGAUUUGCAUCUCUGUUUGGUUUACAAGACUCAUCGGGUUUGUUUUGUAAAGAGCUGUGGGAAAAGGUAGACAUAUCUUAAUCACACUUUCCUUAUGCCGACGGACCCCGUAGGGAGGGUUGCAUUGUGACUCUCCCACUCCACCCCAGUUCUCUUAGCUUAAAUACCACACUGCUUCUGCCAGGACAUGAGCAAUACAAUGCACUCAGCUGGACAUUUUUUCUCUCUUCAGUGCAUAAAACAAUUUUCAGCUUUGGAUGCCUUGUCUUUCUAAAAAAAAAAAAAAAUCACUUCAGUUUGCUUGAACUUCUUUGGUGCUACUAAAUGCAAGCAGCCGUGCAUGGCUUUGGGGCAUGUGUUAUUAAAAAAAUGGAGCCACUUUUUAAAAGAGAGGCAAUGUUUAUUAAACAAAAUCAAGCUACAUAUCUAAAUCUUCUACUGCGUCUUGCAACAGGUGAUAGAUGUUGCCAGGGUUACAUUGUGCAAAUGUAUUUUGCAAAUCUAUAGGGCAUCACCAAGGAAUCAACAUGCUUUUGUAACUUUUAAAAGAUCAGGUGAAAGUAUAAUCAAGUCAGUGUUGUGUACAUCUGGUUGUGUAUAUAAGAUUGUUUAUAGGAACAGGCCACUAAUUGUUGGAAGACAUCUGGUUCACAAUAUACGUAGUAUAAUAUGUUUCCCUCCAUAUCUGAGCCACUGUUUAACCCUGAAAGAAUGGGUGGAGUUUCACACCUGACCUUUCUCAAACAAUUAAAAUGCCCCUCUAAGGCACGCGUGCGCACACACACACACACACACUUAAACUUGUUUGUCUAUGCAAAUAGUUUAUUUUCCCUGUAAAUACUGCUAAAUGAGCUGUAAAGCAAUGAAACUCUCCCAGCAAGCUGUAAGAGAAUGUGGUUCUUGUUUUGUUUUGUUUUGUUUAACGUGUUUGCUAGCUCAUGUACUUGGCUCCAUAAACACUUCCUACAUGACUAUGUGGCUGUCCCACCCCCCCACCCCCGAUAAUGGGGAGAAAAUGUAAAUGAAGAGGGGAAGAAGACUUAAGAUAGCCCUCAAUUCAUGCUACAUUUCUGCAUUAUUUUGAUGCAGGAGGGGAUAUUACUGGGUGUAUUUUAUUUUGCAGAUCAUGUGGUAUGGGAGAUGUGGAUAAAGAAAGCUUCUGCAUGGUAAAUUAUCAGAUCCCUUAUGUGUUCCUUCCCACUGGUGACUUCAUGAUACAUGAAUGGUCAGGAGAUAGUCAAGAAUGAAAUAGCCAAUGUCAUCUUCCAGUCUUCUCUCAACCCAGAUGAAGGGGUGACCUGGGAUAGAAGAUAUAACUCUCACCUUAACUAUGGCCUUUUCUCCCUUAAUGAUUAGCAGCCUUCAUUUCUAUUUCCAAUUAUCACUACACUUGGGGCUAACACUACGGUGGGGGCAAAACCUCAUAGAUAACCCUUGUCUCUGAGAAGCUCUGCUUCUACUGUCUCUGUAUGCCAAGUGGACAGAGAUGCUUUAUGUACCACUAGUAGUCCUUGCUAUAUCUAUGCUCUCCCAUUUUUCUGCUGACACCGUACCAGCAAGUAUUAGAUAAAAGCGUGUUGGAGGUAAUGUAAUCAGUGCUAUUUUUCUAGAAAAAGAGGUGCUGGAACUCUUUGUUCAAGAUUUUUUUUAUUCCCUGAGAGGUGCCAGAACAAAGUUCCAAUGAUUUCUGGCUGGGGGGUGGGGAAACCCUGAGUAUAAUAUACAAAUGUGGGUGUGAUCCCAGCUGUUUGUUAAUUAUGCAUAAAGUAAAAAUGUUUAGGAUUGAACUAUAUACUAAUACUGACUUGGGUUUUCUUAUGCACCACACACUUGAGAGAAGUACCAGCAGACUCGGAAGAACCUGAGAUAUGUGCAAGUGCAAAACAACAACAACAACAACAACACACCCCUAGAUGAGGCAGAAACAAGAUCCAUAGAAGGAAAGUGGCAAGGGGUCAAGCGGAAGUGUGGAUGAUCCCUGAGUGGGGGUGGGACAGAUAACUAGGUGGAGUAGUUGAACAGGAAGCCGGAGAAGCAUAGAUAUACAAAGGGUAGAAUGAACCAUCUGGUCACCCGGCUAGGUCACUUUCUGGUUCACAUUUGAAAGCGGUUUUUCAUGUUGCCAGAGACAGAACAUAGCAAUGUUCCUUUAUAUGAAGUUGUGGCACUGCUCCAUCUAUCUCAGUACUGUCUGCACUGACUGACAGUGGUUCACCAGGGUUUCAGACAGGCUUCUCUCUCAGCCCUACCUGGAGAUGCUGAGGACAGAACCUUAGUUCAGGACUGAGGACUGAACCUGAGUUCUGCAUGCAAAGCACCUCGCCUGAACCAUGAUCCUUCCUCAAGCAUUAUUAGGAGACCUCCUAUUCCAGGCUUCCUCAACCUCAGCCCUCCAGAUGUUUUGAGACUACAAUUCCCAUCAUUCCUGACCACUGGUCCUGCUGGCUAGGGAUCAUGGUAGUUGUAGGCCAAAACCAUCUGGAGGGCCGAGGUUGAGGAAGCCUGUCCUAUUCCCUCCACAGAGCUGCAAUUUUCAGAGUUCCCUGGGAAGAGGGAUUGAUUGUUAAGCUACUCUGAUAAUUGUAGCUCCUAAUAAUUCUGAACACCCUUUAAAAACUACAGCUCCCAGAAUUCUUUGGGGGAAGCUGUGACCAUUAAAAAUGGUAUAAUGCUGCUUUAAAUGUACAGUACAGAUGGGGAAGAUGGAAUAGAACAGAGUGGUUGGAAUCCUACCCUAAACAGAAGCUUUCCAUGCUGCAAUAGUUUGUUGCAGGGCAGGACUGUUAAAUAUCUAAUUGGCCGGCAAUUUCCCCCAUCCGUGUUUCUAUGAUCAAAUUAGAUUAGUGAAGUAGUUCUGCCUUCUUUUUAGAAUGGGAGUUUUUGAGGAGCCAAUUUGUUAGCACAAAAAGGAAAGCACGUUCUGUUGCGCGUGCCUCUAUCUCCCUUUCCCAGUGAAAUGGUAAUGGUGCAGAAGAAGGAAGAUGGAGGCAGUGAAUAAAAGAAGAAUGCGGGAUGCAAGUCGUGGUUGCAUUCCUACAUUCUAGGGAUACAUAGGAGUCUCUCGUGUUCCUAUCUGUCAUAGUCCUUGCAGUGAAGAGGGAAAUUUGGAGAAAGGCUACCAAACGAUUAUCAGCUAGAGCUAUGGAUGGAGGAGGAAUUCCAUUCAGUUCACAUUUAAAAGUGAACGUACCUAAUUCACAAUUUCCAAAGCAAUAUGUGAACCAAACGAACCUAGCCUUCAAAAUUCACACUUCUUUGAAUUUUGUAAUGUUGUCAUUCAGCCAAUUAGCAUACAAAUGCAUACAUAUAAAAAUGCAUGUAUUAGUAAAAAUAACAAUAAUGCAUUAUGCUAGGGAAAACUGCUUUGGAAAGAAUGUGCAUAUUGUGUUAUUCUUAGCUUAAUAACUUUCAGAAUCCAGGAUGCCCAUAAACAUAAGAUAACCUUGAUUAACUAUUUACAAAUUGAGGAGUCCUGUUAAAGGAAGCCAUAGCUUCUUUAUUGCUGAAUCAGUCUCCUGCUUAGAGGUCCCUUCCAGUCUCAUCUGAUUCACUUAAAAUGAUAGCAUCCUCACAAAUACUAGGAGAAAUGUGCACUAAAAUGCUGUUGAAUUUUCAGCAAAUGGCUACAAUCUUUUUAGGCCUAACCACUCAUUAUAUUCAUGAUGUCAUUAGCAAUCACAUAAGGAUUUUUAAAACAUGUGCAAGAGGGCUGGUUCAAUUGUCUUCAGGAACACAGCACUCCUGAAAAUUUAUUCCCCAUCACCACCAUCACGGUGCAGCAAUUAGCAUUAAGGGCAAAGGAUCUCAAUGGCACCAAUGGAAUAUUUCCCCCUAAUACUAACUUGUUGGGGUGUGUGGUUUAACUGAUCUCACAGCUGGGAAAGGAAGACUAUUAUUAUACCAUCCCAUGCUCUGCAUUCCUGUGGGCAAUUCCCCACCCACCCAGCUCCUAUGCCUAGUAUUAAGUUGUUGUUUUCUUAAAGUACAUUAACAAUGCGAUUAGCAACUGUGUUGUGUAACUUGUAACUUGGAAAAGACUCUGAUGUUGGGAAAGCUUGAGGGCAUAAGGAGAAGGGGAUGACAGAGGACAAGAUGGUUGUACAGUGUUCUUGAAGCUACCAACAUGAGUCUGACGAAACUGCGGGAGGCAGUGGAAGACAGGAGUGCCUGGCGUGCUCUGGUCCAUGGGGUCAAGAAAAGUCGGAUACGACUAAACAACAGCAACUUGUAGUCAGGUCCUUUUUUUAAAAUCAACAGACGUGAUAGAGGUUUAUAUGGACAGAAUGGGGAAAGUGGAGUUUUCCUGCCCAAUAGGAAGAGAGAGGGCGAGUUGAAGUCACUGUUGGACAAAUAGUAUGAGUAUUUGGGCAAUUCUCACAUGGCCUCCUCAAGGUAACAACACAAGUUGGGGGCAUGUUGAAGCUACAGCAGGGCUUCUGUCUGUUUAAGAGCUCUGGAAUGGUAUGGUGUUUCAACAAAUGCAGUCUCCACCAGGGUGUGGAGAACUAUACUUGCCUACCUCAGUUUAUAGCAGGACUAGCUGUGCUGUGGUUUUCCAGAAGGUGCUGGUCUUCAUCCUGUCAUCUCUGAAACAUUAGCAGGCUGUCUAGGGCUGAUGAGAGCUGGAGUCUGACAAAAAUAUGGAGAAUUACACAUUCACCACCCGAGGUUUAUGGGGAAAGAAACCUGAUUUAUUUAUUUUUAAUCUAUCUACAUCAUCAUCAUCAUUUGCAUUUAUAGUCCACCUUUCUUCCAAGGAGCAUAAGGUGGCAUACAGAGUUAUCCCCAUCUCCACCGUAUCCUCACAAACAACCCUGUGAGGUAUGUUGGGCUGAUAUCUGUGUUUGAUAGUCGCCUAUUUAAUUUAGUGGAGUGAAGCUUAAAUGCUUGAGGAAGCUCCUUUGGGAGGAAGAAAGGGGUGUAAAUUCAGUAAAUAAAGUUACUUAAAUACCUGGUCCUAUCACUUUUCAACAUAGGACCAGUUAUUUAUUUAACUUUACUCAUUGAAUUUACACCUCUCUCUUCCUCCCAAAGGGGCCUGCUUGACACCCAAAUGACAAUGAACAUAUUAAACGGCCUGAUUUGACCAGCCAGCCCUUUAUUGCCUACUUUGACUGGCAGUGACUUUCCGCUAUCCCAGGCCUUUUUCAUCACCUGUUACUUUUUAGUUAGAGAUGCCCAGAGGUUGAAAUGGAACCCUUCUGCCGAGGAAAGAGGCUCACCCAUUGGCCUCUGUGGGAAUGCUUUCAUUCCACCUGCCACAAUCUCUCAGUUCCUCAGAUCCCAUUCACUUGUCCUCUGUUUCCCUAAUACUUUUGCUUCCUUUACUGCCCUAUCAUUUUUUAAAAAACAAAACCAGUCUGCAGCUUUUCUUUUCUCUUUUGACCUGGAAGGGAGCAACUUAACUGGCUUUCCUUUAACUUACUCUUGCUUUGGAAACCAGUGGCUACGUUCUUAAUACACUGUCUUUUAGCCAUCGGAAUCUGAUUAACACUAAUGAGACUUAUGCAGUUAAAAAUGUACUGCCUCAGCCUGCAAAUGUGACCCCUGGGCGCUAUCUCUGACUUCAUAAGCGCCUGCUAUUUUGAGAGAAAGGGUCAGCAGUUCUUUCUCUGAUAUGACCAUUGAAAUUCAACUCCUGCUGUAGAAUGGUACGCUAAUAUCCAGGCAAUCAGAUUAUGAUAUACCGUAUUUUUCGCUCUAUAGGACGCACCAGACCAUAGGAGGGGGAACUCCCCCUCUCUGCUCAGCGCCCCUUCAGCGAAGCGGCAGGAGCAACGAAGCCCCUUCCAUUUCUCCUGCUUCGCAGAAGGGGCGCUGCGCAGAGAGGGAAAACUGUGCAGCGCCUCUCCAGCGAAGUGAAACCUGGAGAGCAAGAGGUAUCAGUGUGCACCGACCCCUCUCGCUCUCCAGGCACUCUCCAGAGUUCGCGCUGCGCUCCGGGGGCUUCAGGCAGCUUCAGCGAAAGCAACGCGAAGCCUCCAGAGCACGGGGGGAACUCUCCCUCUGUGCUUCAGAGGCUUCACGUUGCUAUCCCUGAAGCCAAGGAGCCCACAUUCGCUCCAUAGGACGCACACACAUUUCCCCUUAAUUUUUGGAGGGGGAAAAGUGCGUCCUAUAGAGCGAAAAAUACGGUACACUGAGUGUCCACUCCAGAAGUGAGUCCCAUUGUGUUCAGUGAGACUUACUUCCUUUUGGGCUUACAGCCACAGCCCAUUGAGGGUAAAAACAAUGGCACUGUUCAGACAAUCGUUCCUGGUUCUGUAAACCAUCAUAAACCUCGUCAGUCCUCCCCUCCUGCAAUUCUACACCAGCUUCAGUGUGAUGAUUCUGGUUUAUAUUAAACCACGGCUUCCCCAUUACGUCCAAACAUCCCAGCUUAUUUUCCUGGUUUGUUAACUAGCAUUAAGCCAGAAUUCCCUGGGUCAAAUGUCAAGUGGAACUCUGGCUUACUACAAGCCAGGCUGUUUGUAUUGAAGCUAGUAUACAACGGAUGGGGGCAUGCACAACCCCACUGGAGGAAUUCACUUUUUCAGUUCCAUUCCCUUUUCUGAGAAGCAGAUUUCAACUGAAUCUGAAAUCUUGUGUGCAACACUGACAUGUCAAUUCGUUCGCUGUAAUUUAGUUGUUCACUUUAACUGAAUGCUCCAGAUGUUUUUGUGCAUGUGUGUUUGUUUUGCUUGUGGUUUACUGUAAUUGCAUCAUACAUUUUGUAGUUCGAAGCCUCCCUAAAAAUUUAUUACAAAUGUGUGCCUUACUCACAGUUUUGCUGCACCAAGGGUUAAUAUAUUAUAGGAGUGAAAGUGGUUUGGGUUAAGUUCAUCAAACAGUUACAUAUAUAUUGUAAUAAUGCAUGACGCUUAUUCAUAAAAUAAUAAAUAUAAAUAUAUAUUUUUAAACACGGCAACCAGAAUUUGAUUUAAAAUAAUAAUAAUAAUGAUGAUGAUGGAAUCAAGUCUAUAGCAAACAGACCAUUUUCACCUUUGUUGCUAAAAUACGGUGAAACGACUAUAAAAGUCCAGUGUUAGUAUUACUUGUAUUUAAGUUUUCUCAUUGGGCCAUAAUCCUCAAUACAGAAAUUAGAAAUCAUAUACCACUGAAAUAAAAAAGACUAAAUUCCAUAAAAUGACUCGGGAUUGUGGUAAGAUAUUGUUUUGAUCUUUUAUUUAAGUGUAACCUUCAGCAUCCAUUUCUCCAAAAAGGCAAACUUAGAGAUGUGCAGAAUAUUGAUUUUCUUAGCUUUUCCAGAUUGUAUCAUUUUGAAUAUAAACAGGUUAAAAAAAAAGUCUGAAUUCAAAACUGAAAUGGAAAUUUUCACUUUGGAUCCAAAUUUCCUUUGAAAACCCUUUCACAAAAGGGUGGACCCCAAAACUGCAGAAAUCUAUAAUAACCUUGAACUUCCAAAAGUUACUCUGCUGCUUAAUCUAGCCCCCAAAACUUAAUCUGUGCCUAGACACCAGUAAGUUCUUUCCUAUGAAACAUGUUGGAGCCUCUAUUUGAAGAUCUUUUAUUGAUGAAUGGUGAAUUUCAGGUCAGCAAAGAUUGCCAGAGAAACUCCAGUGUGAAACUGCUGAACUAGGGCAGUGAACACACCAUACAUUUAAAAAUACAUUUAAAGCAUAUGAUUUGCCCCAAGCAAUCCUGGAAACUGGAAGUGAAAGAUAGUUCUAAUUAAAAUAUUCCCCAAAUGCAUUUUCCUCUCAUUCCUCCUUCUAGGUUUUCCUCCUUACUGUGUCUUGGCUAUAGGAUGAAAAUUAAUCACAGUAGAAAAAUGAUGUACCAAUGGCAAAGGUAAAAAAUGUAAAGGUAAAUGACUUCUGGACAGUUAAGUCCAGUUAAAAGCAACUAUGGGGUGUGGCACUCAUCUCGCUGCAGGCCGAGGGAGCUGGCAUUUGUCCACAGACAGCUUUCCGGGUCAUGUGGCCAGCAUGACUAAACCGCUUCUAUCGCAACAGAACACCAUGAUGGAAACCAGAGCUCACGGAAACGCCGUUUACCUUCCCACCACAGCAGUACCUAUUUAUCUACUUGCAUUGGUGUGCUUUCGAACUGCUAGGUUGGCAGGAUCUGGGAGAGAGCAACAGGAGCUCACCCUGUUGCACAGAUUCGAACCACCGACCUUCUGAUCGGCAAGGCUCAGUGGUUUAGACCAUAGUGCCACCUGCGUCCCUUUUACCAAUGGCGAACACACACACACACACACACACACACACACUGUACUGGCUCCCCGUUUGUGCAAUGCUCUCCCCAGGGAGGUUUGGCUGGUGCUUUCAUUAAACCCCCGGUUACGUAACAUCCCCAUUUCAAGGCACCGCACACAUCAGUGAAAUCAUAUACAAUUGAAAAAGUUUGCAAACACCCUGUUGUGCCCCUGCCCCACCUCUGCCCUGCCCUGUUCCUUGCAUUUAUUUAUUUUUUACUUUUUUGGUCACUUCUGGGUUCGGUUUGAUGCGCGUAUGGAGAAUUGAAGGGUUAGUUCAAUCAAUGUAUGGUCUCCUUUUUGUCUUGCUACUACUCUUGCCUGACUGCCUCUUCUUACCAUCAGCACACAGCAUUUCCUCCUUUGGGCUCUGCACAAGAUUCCCCCUCCCCUCCCUGAGUCACCUUUUCCCAUUUCUGUUUUCCUCUCCUCCUCCAUUCACUGCAUCUUCUCUCCUUCCUUCUUCAGGCGUUUAUUUUCAUCACAUAGCCUCUUUCGAGAUCCUCGCAUCAUAGCCCAUUUCCUAAUCUCAGUUCUGUAGCCAGGGUGAAGACAGUGACUCACCAGGAGGACUGGUUGUCAGGGUGGUCAUUUAUGCAUCACAGAUAGAAAGGAAAUGCAUGGAGGGGGAGGAAGGGGACAAAAGGUCGCAUCCAAUGUUAGUCCUACUCAAAGUAGGCCCAUAAAAAAUAAUGGGCAUGACUGAACGUAGGGUCAUUAAUUUAAUGGGUCUAUUCUGAGCACAACUUAGUUGGCUACACCACAAAUAUUUGCAUAUGCUAAUUUAUAUGUUGUUGUUUAGUCAUUUAGUCGUGUCCGACUCUUUGUGACCCCUUGGACCAGAGCACACCAGGCACUCCUGUCUUCCACUGCCUCUCGCAGUUUGGUCAAACUCAUGUUAGUAGCUUCAAGAACACUGUCCAACCAUCUCGUCCUUUGUCGUCCCUUUUAUAUUUAUAUGUACAGAUCCACAUUUAGACAUUAUUGCUAUCAUUUCAAUGGAAAUACAAUACAUCUCUCCAUACUGGUGGAAGACUGAUCCUUGGGCCUACUCAGUCUGAUUGGCAGCGUCAAGGCCCCUUCUCUCCCUUUUUAUGCCUGUAUUCUUUAAACUGGACUUAGACUAGGCAAUCCUUCAUAGAGAUAUCCCCUUUAGAUAGUCCUCUGUAAAGUGGAACACAUAGCCAGCUGACUGGUUGACCCCUCCAACUAAGAAUAAAACAAACAAACAAUUAUAAGAUGACUUCUAUUUAAAGAAUGGAAACCUGUUAUAAGCGUGGGGAGAAAAAUCUGCGCCUAUGUGUUUUAAAACAGUAAUGGCUGGUUUUUCCUCAAAAUAUUAUAUUCAGUCAUUAAUUCAUUCUAUUUUCAAUUUGCUUUCCAGCCAGUUGGCUCCAAGAGUGGAUUAUACUAAUAAAAUAAUCAGAUUAAAAUGCAAUAAAACCGUAUUUAAAAUUGCAUUUAAAAUCCAUCAGCUGAAACCAUCAAGAACAAUAGAAAGGCACAAUUGUAGCUACCAGAAGCAAAGAGGAGCAGUUCCAAUUGAGCAUUCAUUGAUAGACCCAUGUGUGCUGGGAUAAGCUAUAAAAGUGUUGUGUAAUGGAAGGGAGCUUCCCCCCCCCUCCAUCCCUUUCUAUGGACAUGCCCAUAUGAGAGCUAUGUAUUGCUGAGAAUCCACUGUUUUCUCAUUUGUCUUCCUAAUGCGCUGAGGUGCGCAUUUGCUUCAGCCUUUGUUUCAGCUGCAAAUAUGCUGCUUACUGAUCACACUUGUAAGCAUUCCCUUCUUUUGACAUAAUCCACAUUGCGUUCAUCUUAUCCCACCUGCCAAUUAGUCAAGUCAAGUCAAAUAACCUUUAUUGGCAUCACAUAAGAACAUUCAGAAUACGUUCAGAAUAGAUAGGCCAGUGCGAUCUCGUCACCACCCCAGCAGCACAGUCACCCGCCAACGGGCAGAAGAGGCAAGCAAUCCAUUUUAUUUCUGCAGGUUUCCUGCUAGGGCAAGAUGUGAGGGCGAUCUGGCUGUGACAUCUAUCACCCCAUUGAUCGCCUGGGUUGAUUCGGCUGAUCGGGCUGGCUAGGCGGGUGUCCCCUUCCUCCCUCACCGUUCCAUGUGCGUCCCUCCCGAAGCUGUGCGCUCGGUGGAAGAGGACGACCAUCCCAGACAGGAGUGUACCGUUCUUCGGUCAAGGGUAUACGAUAGCUGCGCUCCCCUGCUAGAACCUCCAAACAAGCCAAUUAGUUAAACUCACGCCUUCCAUUAGAUUCAUAACUAGGCAUGCAUAACAGCUAGCCACAGUUGUGUGUCUGUUGUGCUCAGUUUUGUUGUUGGGUUUUUCCACGUGCAUACUUUUCUGGAAAUCCAGAAAAGAACAUAUCUGAAAAACCUUAGCAUGCAUAGAAAUCAUGAACAAAACCUUUCAUAAGAGCACCAAAGGGAAGAGAGAAAAUGUGUGAGAGAGCACUGUUCCUAGAUUUGGAAGCGUGAGGUUCAAUAAAAGAAAGGGGAAAUGAUUUUUUAAGACUCAGUGGCGGAGGAAGGGGGUGUGGGGGGUACGGGCCGACCCUAGUGUCAUUACUGAGGGGGGUGACAAAAUGACAAAAUAUGAGGGGUGUUUUUUUUUAAAAAAUGGGCUCAUGAAACUUUUUAGUUCAGUCAACAAAAAAUGUGCCAGCAUUUUAGUGCAAUUUUCUCCCUAUCAGCUUUGUAUACAGUUUUGAUGAAUGUACUCAUAGUAAAGGUAAAGGUACCCCUGCCCAUACGGGCCAGUCGUGUCUGACUCUAGGGUUGUGCGCCCAUCUCACUUAAGAGGCUGGGGGCCAGCGCUGUCCGGAGACACGUCUGGGUCACGUGGCCAGCGUGACGAAGCUGCUCUGGCGAGCCAGCACCAGCGCAGCACACGGAAACGCCGUUUACCUUCCCGCUAUAAAGUGGUACCUAUUUAUCUACUUGCACUUAAGAGUGCUUUCGAACUGCUAGGUGGGCAGGAGCUGGGACCGAACGACGGGAGCUCACCCCGCCACGGGGAUUCGAACCGCCGACCAUACGAUCGGCAAGCCCUAGGCGCUGAGGUUUUACCCACAGCGCCACCCGCUAUGUACUCAUAGUUGUAAGCAAUAACUCUGCAUAGUAUGCGUUUUUGUAUCAUAUGGUAUUUUCCCAUUUUUCUUUUUUAUAUAUACAUACUUCCCCCUAAAAUGUUCAUUUCUUGUAAACACUGGUUGGUUGGAAAACUGCAUUCAAUUCAGAUAAGUACAAAUUUUGAACAAUGGUUGUGUUUUGGUUCUCAUGUUGUUUUGAUAGAUUUGAUAGAUACAGGUUUGAACUGAAUCACAUUUCUCCCCCAUCCCUAGUCCUUGAGGAAUUAGAUCUUUGUGAAUUCUGGUACAAAAUGACCACAUCUGUAUUUCCAAUGGGAAUAUUGGAAUCAAGCUAUUCUCCAAGACUGGAUCUCCAUUGAUCUGCUAAACGUUAUUCAAUUGAAUGUUCUACAGUGGUACCUCGGGUUACAUAUGCUUCAGGUUACAUGCGCUUCAGGUUACAGACUCCGCUAACCCAGAAAUAGUGCUUCAGGUUAAGAACUUUGCUUCAGGAUGAGAACAGAAAUCGUGCUCUGGCGGCGCGGCAGCAGCAGGAGGCCCCAUUAGCUAAAGUGGUGCUUCAGGUUAAGAACAGUUUCAGGUUAAGUACGGACCUCCGGAACCAAUUAAGUACUUAACCCGAGGUACCACUGUAUAAGGUUCAAUGGCAAUUUCCCUUUGUCUGUGACUUGCUGCUCUGCAGCAUCCUCUGGUGUCACAUUUUAACGUUAUAAAUGAGUGUAGAUCUGCCCCAAAUCUCAGCUUCACAAAUGGUACUGAAGAAUUAAACAUGUAUGCAGCCAUUAAACUGUCCUAAGGCUUCUGCAGCUUGUUUCAAUGGCAUUUCAAGCACAACCCAAGCUGCUAUGAAUAAGUGCCACUUAUACUUUGUACCCUGUGUGUGCCAAGACAAAUUGUAAAAGUAUUCUGUGCUUCUGUUCCACAUAAUUAUUAUUUGCUUGUUCCAGUGGUUUCCUAUUCCUAUAUUCCUUUUAGUAUCUCAGCUACACUGUGGGCUAGGAUAGGCUAUUAAUGCCUUGAAAGGUCUGCCAUUGAGCUUCAUAACUGAUUGGGAAAUGUCUUAUAGGUGCAUUUUAAUUGAACAAAUUUCUGCAGUAUCUCCAAGUUUUUGCAGAUUCACUAAGAAUGGUUUUUUUAAAAAAAGUUCUCAAAAUAAGAUAAAAGCUAUCCAAAAAUGGGAAUUGAUUUUUUAAAAAGUAAAAUAAUUUAGAACAAGCAACAAUACAACCCCUAUUUUUUCAGAUUAAUUUGCCAAUUAAAAGAGGGGCAUUGCUUUGCUACAUAUAUCACCAGCUUUGGGAUAAUAAUAAUAAUAAUAAUAAUUUUAUUUAUUUAUUUAUUUAUUUAUUUAUUUAUUUAUUUAUUUAUUUAUACCCCGCCCAUUCUGGGCGGCUCCCAACAGAAUAAAAAAGCAAUAAAAUAUCAAACAUUAAAAACUUCCCUAAACAGGGCUGCCUUCAGAUGUCUUCUAAGUCAGAUAGUUGUUUAUUUCCUUGAUGUCUGAUGGGAGAGCGUUCCACAGGGCAGGAGCCGUUACUGAGAAGGCCCUCUGCCUGGUUCCCUGUAGCUUCACUUCUCGCAGUGAGGGAACCGAAUAACAGAAUUGUAGAGUUGGAAGGGACCCCGAGGAUCAUCUAGACGAACCCCCUGCAAUUCAGGAAUGUCAACUAGACCAUGCAUGACAGAUGGCUACCCAACCUCUGGUUACAAACCUCCAAAGAAGGAGUGUCCACAACCUUCCAAGGGAGUCUGUUCCAUUGUCAAACAGCUCUUACUGUCAGUAAGGGCUUCUCGGUUUAGUUAGUCAGAAUCUCCUUUUUUUGUAACUUGAAGAGAUUGGUUUGGGUCCUACCCUCUGGGUGGUGCUCUGGUCUAAACCACUGAGCCUCUUGGGCUUGCUGAUCUGAGGGUCGACGGUUCGAAUCUGUACGACAGGGUGAGCUCCCAUUGCUCUGUCCAAGCUCCUGCCAACCUAGCAGUUCAAAAGCAUGCCAGUGCAAGUAGAUAAACAGGUACCACUGUGGUGGGAAGGUAAAAGGCGUUUCCAUGCGCUCUGGUUUCCGUCAUGGUGUCCCAUUGUGCCAGAAGUGGUUUAGUCCUACUGGCCACAUGACCAGGAAAGCGGUCUGUGGACAAAUGCUGGCUCCCUCGGCCUGAAGCGAGUUGAGCGCCACACCCCAUAAUCACCUUUGACUGGACUUAACCACCCAGGGGUCCUUUACCUUUUUUUUUACCUUACCCUCCAGAGCAUUAGAAAACAAGCUUGCUCCAUCCGAUGUGACAGCCCUUUAUAUAUUUGAAGACUACUUUUCAGUGUGAAUAUAUUGGGUAUUUUUCCUUGACCCAUUGGUGAGCCUUAUGCUCCCUUAUAUUGGGAUGUGUGUUAAGUGAACUGUUAAUUGUUGCCUUUUUCCUAUGUUCUAUUACAAUUAUUAUACUUUUCAUUAUGUAUCAUUAUUGUAUUCCUGUAUUUAGACUUCUUAAUGUGAAUUGCUUUCAGCACAGAUGCAUUUGUGGAAAACAUGCUAUGCAAAUAAUUUGGCUGUAACUAUGAUACACAUCUGUAUCAAGAGAUGAUUGUUUACAUUAUUAGUAAUUGCAGCUGAAAAUGCAAUUGUACAUCAAAAGAAUCUUUCCCCCCCUCAAAAGACGUUGCUUUUUUUGGAUUACUAAAGCUGUCUUUUUAUUGUCACAGGCUGGAACUAAUGGAUACAUGGCUCCUGAAAUCCUAAAUGAAGAGAAUUACACCUACUCAGUGGACUGGUUUGCUAUGGGGUGUAGUAUUUAUGAGAUGGUUGCUGGUCGAACUCCAUUCAAGGAUUUCAAAGAGAAAGUUGAUAAAAGUGAAGUUAAAAGAAGAACCAUAGAAGAUGAGGUGAAGUUUGAGCACGCUAACUUUGAUGAGCAAACAAAAGAUAUCUGUAAAGCGUUCUUGGCAAAGAAACCAGCAGAUCGCUUGGGAACCAGGUACGAUUCUAUUUACCUUGAUUGAAAAAAAGAAGUUAAGGAGUAAUGCCAUCCAUUCAUUUUAGGCAAAUGAGGUUCAUAGGUUCUACAGAGUUUUCUAAGACUGUUUACGCUGGAAAGGUC